AUGGUUAUGUCGGAGCUACGUUGGCACACCGCUACCGUUGAGGAUAAUAACAAUUCCUUGAAGCAUGAUUUGCUAAAGACAAACAACAACAACAGCGCCAGAGACGUCUCUGCCGUUCACAUGAUGCAGAAUCGAUAUAUCAGUCGCCUGUCGCGCUCGCCAUCGCCGCUGCAAUCGAAUGCUUCCGAUUGCGAUGACAACAACUCAAGUGUCGGCACCUCCAGCGAUCGUUGCCGCUCGCCACUGAGUCCCGCUCUGCUGUUGUCGCAGCCGCAGGCAAAGCGUCAGUUGCUCUCAAUGCAGCCGCAUCCGGCGCAUCAUCAGCCGCAGUAUAAGCUCGAGCAGCCGGAUGAGGAUUAUGAUGAUGCUAAUGGUGGCGCUCUCAACUUGACGAGCGACAAUUCGCGGCACAGCACGCAGUCGCCAGCGAAUUCGGUGAAGAGCGCAGCGGCGCACUCGCCGCCCAGUCAGCUGACCCAAGUGCCGUCGCAGCUGCUGUCACCGCUAGCCACGCCCACUUCUAUAAGUGCUGCAGCAGCAGCAGCAGCGGCGGCCGCUUCAGUGGCAAGUGGCAUGCAACAAAUGCAGCCGCUGCUAGCGCUGCCAGGUUUAUCCUCGCCACAAGCGCAAUUCGCUGCCGCCGGCCUGGGUUUGAAUAAUCCGCUGGCACUAGCAGCGGGUUCGAUUUCCCCCCAAGAUUUUGCGCAAUUGCAGCAGCUGCUGCAGCAGCGUCAGGUGGCGCUGCAGCAGCAGUUCAAUAGCUAUGUGGAGCUGCUGCGAAAUGGCAGCCUGGGGCUGGCGCAGGAUGAUCCAGCGCUGGCUACUCAAGUGGCCACAGCGCAGUUUUUAAUGCAAAGUCAGCUGCAAGCUUUGGCUCAGGCCAUGCAGCAGCUGCAGGCGCUGCAGAAGCAGCAGCAGCGUCAGCAGCAGCAGCUGGAGGAGUCGCUGGCCAUGAGCAAGACGCCGCUGCUGCAGCCGCGCAGCUCCACGCCACGCAGUCCGCUCUCAGUGCAUAGUCCGGCGAGCUCGCCGCUGCCGCUGCCGCAUGCGCUGCAAAUAACGCCGCCCAAUUCCGCUGCCAGUCUAAAGCUGAGCGGGCUGCUGACGCCCAGCACGCCCACCAGCGGCACCGUGAGCCACAGCCAAUCAUCCAUGUCCACGCCAGCGCCCAAGACUGUGGCCAGCGCUGCUGCGGCACGCGCCGCUGGCGAACCCUCGCCCGAGGAAACCACCGAUUUGGAGGAGCUGGAGCAGUUUGCCAAAACUUUCAAGCAGCGACGCAUUAAACUUGGAUUCACCCAAGGCGAUGUGGGUCUAGCCAUGGGUAAACUCUAUGGCAAUGAUUUUUCACAGACCACGAUCUCGCGCUUCGAGGCGCUUAAUCUGAGCUUCAAGAACAUGUGUAAGCUCAAGCCGCUGCUGCAGAAGUGGCUCGACGAUGCCGAUCGCACUAUACAAGCCACUGGCGGCGUCUUUGAUCCUGCCGCGCUGCAGGCCACAGUCAGCACGCCGGAGAUUAUUGGACGCCGGCGCAAGAAGCGCACGUCCAUUGAAACCACCAUACGUGGCGCUUUGGAGAAGGCAUUCAUGGCCAAUCAGAAGCCCACCUCGGAGGAGAUUAGCCAGCUGGCCGAUCGCUUGGGCAUGGAGAAGGAAGUGGUGCGCGUUUGGUUCUGCAAUCGUCGGCAGAAGGAGAAGCGCAUCAAUCCCUCGCUCGACAGUCCCACGGGCGCCGAUGACGACGAGUCGCAGUACAUGCUGCACUAAGUCCAAGUGGCGUGGGGAGAACAAAGAUUGGGACAUAGACAGUGCAAUGUGCGCCUAGACUUCAAAGUAUAUGCAUAGCUUCAAAUACUAACAGUAAAACAGGUUCAAAGUCGCAAACACAUCAAAUACUAGCUUAAUUCUUAACUAGUUUAAAGUUAGAACAAGCCACAAAUCCACACACUUACACUUAAAGAAAAAACCAAGUGGUUUGUGUUUAUGUUAACUAUUAUUGCUAAUCUAAUUUUUAAGCCUGAAAAUUUGCUGCUCAAGUGCAAACUUUUGAGCUUGAACAACAAAUUUUUGUUACAAAAAUAAAAAGCAAUUUGAAACUUGAACGUUUUGCAUUGUUUUUUUUUUUAAUUGGUAUUAAUUAAAAUCAUAACGCUAACUAAGCUAAGUCGUCUCUUUAUGUAUGUGCAUGUAAAAUUUAAAUGUUUUUUAAACAAGUCAAAACACAAACAGU